AUGUUCUUACUCUCUCUCCCUCCCUCUGUGGACUGAUGGACCAGAUCCCUGCUAAACAUUUAGUUUGGAGCCGAGCCCAGUCCUGCACACUGCUUUCAAUUAUCUCUCUACCUCUCUCUCUCUCUCUCUCUCUCUCUCUCUUUCUGCUCACACACACUGUUGCUCGCUCGCUCGCUCGCUCACUCACAGGAGUGUUUAGGGGGGAAACGGCGCAGAGAGCGAGGGGGGAAGCAGCCUGGUCGUUUUUCUUCUUCCUUCCUUCCCUCCUUUUUUCCUGCGACACUCGUUUUUAGCUCCACCACAGAGUAAGAAAGAGAGAGAGCGAGAGAGAGAGGGAGGGAGGGCAGAGCGAGGUAGAGUUAGAGUUAGAGGGGAGAGGUUCGGGGGUACGGACGAUGCAACGCGCUCACAAACUCUGACUGCAACACAAAGUGAAAUGCUGCAGCCUCGACUCUGCUGGUUUCUGUCGGCCGUCUUCAUCGUCUUUGUCUCUCCUCUUCCAGCUGAUGGACAGAGAGCUGCAGGACGAGGAGGAGGAGGAGGAGGAGUGGAGAGGAUCCAGGUGAUGUUCACGCCGACAAUCUGCAAGGUGCGCUGCAGCCAGGAGCGAUGUGUCAACUACUGCGAGCGAGGCAACGUCACCACGCUGUACAGCAGCAGCGAGGGGGGAGGAGGAGGAGGAGAGGGAGGAAGGAGAGACGGCUCCCAUGGACCGGGCUUCAGAGUCUUCCUCUGUCCUCUGCUGUGUAAGAACGGAGGCGUCUGCCUGCAGAAGGACCGCUGUCUCUGCCCCGCUGACUUCACCGGGAAGUUCUGCCAGAUGCCCGCCGCCGCCGCCGUAUCUGCAGCGGUGCCGCUGUCCUCCUCAACCAACGAGAUCGAAAAGCCCCCACCGCCGCUCUCCGCCAUGGCGACCAAUCAGGAGCUGACCCAGUCGGAGUUCCUCCUGCCGCUGGGACACAGCCAGGAGGUGGCGAGGUCUGGAGCCCCCGGCCCCUCCCUGGUGAAGGUCCGAGUCCAGCACCCCCCAGAGGCCAGCGUGAAGAUCCACCAGGUCCUGAAGGUGUCUGGGUUCAGUCCGACCCUGCGGACAGUUUCCUCUUCCUCUUCCUCUUCAUCCUCCGCUUCCUCAGGGUCGGCGGGCGCUCCGGCUCCGGCGGUCCAGGCCCAGACGCUGAGGGGGGGCGGCACGUACAACCAGCAGUCCGCGUUCAAGUACUGCUUCAGAGAGGUCAAAGACGGACAGUGCAGCUCUCCUCUGCCAGGGCUGAGGAGCAAGGAGAUGUGCUGCAGAGGGAUCGGGAAGGCCUGGGGGAUCACCGACUGUGUGCUCUGUCCUGAAAACACAGGUCAAAGCAACAGUGGCUGUCCUGCUGGUUUCGAGGGAGCCAAUGGAACGCAGUGUACCGAUGUGAAUGAGUGCCUCCAACCGGGGCUGUGUGAGAACGGGAUCUGUGUGAACACCAGGGGGAGCUAUAGCUGUGUGUGUAGGGAGGGGUUCAUCCUCGACGCCUCACAUGGAAUCUGCAUCUGUAAGUAACACACACAC